AUGGCCAGAUUGCCUCCCACCCCUGUACUGGAACUAUUCUGCUAUAUUCUACUGGGGCACCCGGCUUGUCCGCGCUCGUGCCUCCAUGACGUCGGAGCUCCAGUGCUCGGCAAGCUGUGCCAGUGGCUCCUCAACCCGGUGCGGCGGUUGUCGGCGUCGGCCGUGCGAUUGACAAAGCGAAUUGCCAGCUCGCUGUGCGGGACGUUCCACUCCCAGAUUUCGGGUCGUGGCUCGGCGGGAACAAUUUUAUUCCCUGAGAUUUUUUGCAAGUGGGAAUGCCAUUUCUUUCAGUAUCUCUAG